AUGAGCUGUUCCCGUCUGAACAACCGAGCUGAGAGCCAUUUCCAAGCACAAGAAGAACAUGAGCUGGAAACUCUGGGAAAGAAAGCAUGGGACAACCCUGUUUAUAAUGGUUCACCUUCUUCCUCCCUGAAAAUCAGGGCCAUCUACAACCCCAAGUCCAUCCUGGAAAAUCCCUAUGAGAAUAUUGAGAAACUGACUGACUCCCUGCCCUACCAGAAGGAGAAGAAGGCGGAGGAAGUGAAGUCCUCCCCAGGGUGCUGCUUCUACAUCUUCAAAGGUGUACGAGGCCUUUGGGGCACAACUCUGACUGAAAACACAGCUGAGAACCGAGAGCUUUAUGUAAAGACCACGCUGCGUGAACUGUUGGUCUAUAUUGUAUUCUUGGUGGAUAUCUGUUUGUUGACCUAUGGGAUGACAAGUUCAAAUGCCUAUUACUAUACCAAAGUGAUGUCUGAACUCUUUUUGCAAACGCCAUCAGACAGCGGUGUCUCCUUCCAGACCAUCGGAAGCAUGGCUGACUUUUGGGGAUAUACACAAGGCCCCUUACUGGAUAGCUUGUAUUGGACCAAAUGGUACAACAAUGAAUCUCUGGGCCAUAACACCCAAUCAUAUAUCUAUUAUGAGAACUUGCUGCUUGGUGUCCCACGAUUGCGCCAACUGAAGGUCCAGAACAACUCAUGUGUGGUGCACGAUGACUUCAAGGAUGACAUUUCUGGCUGCUAUGAUGUAUACACUGAGGACAAGGAGGACAGAUCUCCCUUUGGGCUUCUCAAUGGAACAGCGUGGCAAUAUCACACAGAAAAAGAGCUAGAUGGUUCCUCUCACUGGGGCAGACUAACAAGUUACAGUGGAGGAGGGUAUUACAUAGAUCUCAAGAUGACCCGGGAGGAAAGUGCUGAUGCUCUUCAAGUCUUGAAAGAGAACUUGUGGCUGGAUCGGGGAACUCGUGCGAUUUUUAUUGACUUCUCAGUGUAUAAUGCCAAUAUCAAUCUCUUCUGCGUGCUCAGGCUGGUGGUUGAAUUCCCAGCCACAGGUGGAGCCAUCCCCUCGUGGCAGAUCCGAACAGUGAAGCUCCUCCGGUAUGUCAGCACCUGGGAUUUCUUCAUUGUGGCCUGUGAAAUAGUCUUCUGUGUCUUCAUCUUCUACUACGUUGUGGAAGAGAUUCUAGAACUGCGUAUUCAUAGGCUCCAGUACUUCACCAGCAUCUGGAAUAUCUUGGAUAUAGUUGUCAUCCUGCUUUCUAUUGUAGCCAUUGGAUUCCACAUCUUUCGCACCAUUGAAGUCAACAGGUUGAUGGGGCAGCUGCUGAGAAACCCAGGCAUCUAUGCAGAUUUCGAGUUCCUGGCUUUUUGGCAGACUCAGUACAACAAUAUGAAUGCUGUGAAUUUAUUCUUUGCUUGGAUUAAGAUAUUCAAAUACAUUAGCUUUAACAAAACCAUGACCCAGCUCUCCUCCACUCUGGCCCGCUGUGCCAAAGACAUACUAGGCUUUGCCAUCAUGUUCUUCAUCGUCUUCUUUGCCUAUGCACAGCUCGGAUACCUUCUCUUUGGAACCCAAGUGGAAAACUUCAGCACCUUCGUUAAAUGCAUCUUCACCCAGUUUCGAAUAAUUCUUGGUGACUUUGACUACAAUGCCAUCGACAAUGCCAACAGGAUCUUGGGGCCUAUAUAUUUUGUCACCUAUGUCUUCUUUGUCUUCUUUGUGCUGUUGAACAUGUUCUUGGCUAUUAUCAAUGACACCUAUUCCGAAGUCAAAGAGGAGCUUUCAAACCAGAAGAAUGAACUACAGCUCACAGACAUCCUGAAACAGGGCUAUAACAGGACACUGAUGCGGCUGAAGCUGAAAAAAGAUCGGAUCUCUGAUGUGCAGAAAGCUUUGCAGCAAGGGACCAAGGAACUAGAAUUUGAGGAUUUUAAGAACAGCUUGAGAGAGCUAGGCCAUGCUGAGCAUGAGAUCACAGCAGCCUUUGCAAAGUUUGAUAAAGAUGGUAACCAGAUUCUAGAUGAAGAGGAGCAGAAGAGAAUGAGGAAUGACUUGGAGGAGAAGAGGGUUGCUCUCAAUGCAGAAAUUGAGAACUUGGGGAAAUCUUUCCAGGGCAGCAGUUUGGAGGAUGCUCCGCUUGCCUUGACAGAGACAAAGAACAAUCAAGCAAACCAAUCCAGCUUGGUGUCUGAGGAAGGAUUUAAAACACUCCUGCGGCGGGUGCUGCAGUUGGAGCAAUCAGUUGGCAGCAUCAUGGCCAAGACUGAAGCUGUCGCGAAUAAGCUAGAGGGCCUAGAGAGAACCAAGCCAAAGGAAAAAGACCCAAUGGGCAAGUUUCUUGACAACAAGAGCAAAGAAGAACAAUUCCACCAAGGUCUGGUCAGCAAGAAAGAAGGUGGACUGGAGGUGGCAUGUAUGCAGGAGAACCUCAUCAAUAUGAACUCUUUGAGUACCAGUAAUGCGAUUUACCCCAUUCCACCCAAGACAGGGCUACCAGGGUGUCAGAUGCCCAAGAACAUCUAGUGCAAUCUAAUAUGAACUUGAAGUUCUUUUCUGAAUAUUCACACCUUGGUUAAAAGAUACCAUGCCUACUGUUUCACUACUGUUUGACUAGUCAGAAGAGGUAACCACAAGUACUACAAUCAGGCUUAUUUAUAUAUGUGAGCAGUUGUAAUGGGAAAGGAUACAUCUAGCUUUGGGGAUUUCAGAAUCCAUGUUUUGUAUCUGGCUCUUCAGUGUUUAAAUUGACCCAAAUCCCAACCAGUUCUGAAGCCCCUGGAACUCUGGGAACAUUUGGCAUUCAGAGUUGCCACUUUGCAAAAAAAUGAUUUUCCUACAUGGAUUUAAUUUCCAUGUAGAAAAACCAUGUGUACACUGUAACAUGUGACAAAUACAAAGAUAUCUAUUUUGCCGUGUGUGUGUGUGUGGUGAGAAUCUGCUGCCUCAGA